GUGUGGUAACAGGGAGUGUGCGACUGCGCAUGCGUCACGCCGCAGACUGCGAGCCCGGCGUGAAUCGAGGAGGAAGCGCAGCUCAUUUGGCCUCUAUUUGCUUCUUUGCCUGCCAGAGGACGACUGAACCGCCGUCCACCUGCCGUGCUCCCUCGUCGGCGGGACGGAAAACCGUACAGAACCGUGUGGUCGCGUGUUUUCGAAGUGUUUUAAUACAAAGCCUCCAUGGAGUCUGAUGGGAGGAGAGUGCAGCUGAAGACGAACCUCAAACACUGAGACGGUCUGCACGAGGAUCUGAGCUGUCCCACUAUGGAGCUCAGCAGACUGGUGACUUUAUGGAUUGCAUGUAUAUGCUUCAUGUUGGAAUGUCGAGCGGACAAAUCCAAUCAUGUAAGCCCGGACCCCUUACCAUCGGAUAACGGUGUCUCAGAGUUUUGCCGCAUUGAUGAGCUGCUCUGUCAGGAUGAGAUUGCCGUCCUCAGUUUUGAGGCCAUCCGCAGCAUUCACAAGCAAAUGGAUGACGAUGCCAAUGGCAAUGUGGACGUUUCUGAAACUGACGGGUUUUUAAGAGAGGACCUCAACUACCAUGACCCCAAAGCCAAGCACAACAGUUUCCACGGUGACGACCAGCUCAUAAGUGUGGAAGACCUGUGGAAUGCCUGGAAGAGUUCAGAAGUGUACAACUGGACAGUGGAUAAAGUUGUGGAGUGGCUUAUUGACUAUGUGGAGCUGUCACAAUAUGAAGAAGCCUUCCGAAAGUUGAAUUUCAACGGUACAUCCAUGCCCCGGUUGGCUGUAAAGAACGUUACUCUGACACAGACCGUCCUGAAGAUUCUGGACCGCAGUCACUUACAGAAACUCCAGCUCAAGGCUCUGGACACGGUUCUGUUUGGAGCUCCAAUGAUGAACAGACAUAACCAUCUGAAGGACUUCAUGCUGGUGGUGUCAAUAGUCAUCGGAAUGGGAGGCUGCUGGUUCGCUUACAUCCAGAAUCGCCACUCUAAAGACCACAUGAAGAAGAUGAUGAAAGACCUGGAGAGUCUCCACCGGGCAGAGCAGAGCCUUCACGACCUACAGCAGAAGCUACAGAUUGCUCAGGAGGAGCAUCGUUCAGUGGAGGUGGAGAAGGUAAACCUGGAGCAGAAACUGAGGGAUGAGAUCAACGCUGCCAAACAAGAAGCUCAGAGACUGAAAGAGCUCCGAGAGGGAACUGAGAACGAGCUGAGCCGUCAGAAAUACGCAGAGGAGGAGCUGGAGCAGGUGCGUAUGGCCCUGAAGAAGGCAGAGAAGGAACUGGAGUCUCGUAGCAGCUGGUCUCCUCCUGAAUCCCUGCAGAAAUGGCUGCAGCUCACUCAUGAGGUGGAGGUGCAGUACUACAACAUCAAGAAACAGAAUGCAGAGAGACAACUACAGGUGGCCAAAGAGGGGGCAGAAAAAAUUAAGAAGAAGAGAAACACCUUAUUUGGAACGUUCCAUGUGGCACAUAGUUCUUCACUGGAUGAUGUGGAUCACAAAAUACUUGCAGCCAAGCAAGCACUUGGUGAGGUAACAGCAGCUCUGAGAGAGAGACUCCAUCGCUGGCAGCAGAUUGAGUUCCUCACAGGCUUCACACUGGUCAAUAACCCUGGCCUGCCCUCUCUGGCCUCUGCUCUCAACCUGGAUCCCAGCUUCAUGGGCGGCCGUGGCACACCCCAGCAUUUCAUGUCCGACGACAUGGAUGACAUGGAUGAGGACAUAGUGGCACCUGGAACGCUUCAAUAUGCAGCAUGGCUAAUGGGGCGCCGAGCAAGUGAUCUCUGGUCUUUGAAUUCGGAUUGCCAGUCAUUUUGGAAGUACUCUGCUCCCAGUAUGAUGUCACUCCGGCAACGGCACAUUGACCCGCAGCUGGCUAUGGGCUCGCAGAGGUUGGUAGAGAGUUGUCUCGCACUUGGUGGGCAGGAAGGGGAGGGUAGCUUGUACUCGUCCAGGUCUAGGAUGGCGCUACGCCAGGCGCGCAGCCAAUCUUUUGGGCAGUUUGACGCUGUGGGACUGCCUCCUCUUUCAUCAGCAGUGUCCCAUCCUGCUAUCUACUCCGCUGCCUCAUCCCACACUCCCCACUCCUCCUCCGUCGCUGCUGCCCCUCAUGCAUCCCACUAUCACUCUUCACAUUUCCAGCCCAUGGAUACCAUCCCAGACCUCCCAUAUGAUGCCAGCCCAGAGCGCCCCCGCCGUUGCGGCAGCUAUGGGGACUUGAAUCGCUCUGACUCAGAUUCCUCCUUGUGUAUAUCCCAGACUGGCGAGCAGCUACGCCUAUCCUACAGUUCCAAAGGCUUCCCUGUGAAGCCCACUUCACUCCUGCACGGCCCCUAUUCACGCUCUGAAGAGGGAGCCCACUCCCACGCGCACAAUGGAGGCAACAGAGUUCAUGAUGGGGGUGCAUCUCCCGACGGAGGUUCUGAUAGUCCCAUAUUAAUGAAGAAGGUGUAUGGCAUAGAGAAAUCCGCCAGUAUGAGCGAGAUCCAUGGCUCCCAGGCGGUCAUGUCCAUGUCAGAAUCCUCGCGCUCCUUAAGCCCAAACUCCACUGAACCCGAUACGCCAUCCCCCACUGGACUGACUGGGGGGAAGGCCGGAAACCGCAUACCCCAGAUCUCCUCAAAAAAGAGCCCCUUAGAGGAGGACAGUGGCUCCACAGGUGAAGACACUGACUCUGCCGCCAGUCGCAAGAAACAUACCUUCAAGAUCUUCAAAAAACAGAAGAAAUAAGAUAACUGGACAACCUUUUUGUUUUCCCCUUGCUUUUCAUUUUGUCGUAUUGUUGAUAUAAAUGUUUUGAUUUUUUUUUUCCCUUCUGGUCAGAAGUUAUGGCACAACCAAACACCUUUCCGAGGUCUUUAUAGAAAUGUUUGCUUUUUCAGAGGAACACUUAGGAACAAGCAUGAUGAGUGGGUGAGUGGUUACGACACACCAGUGGGAAUGGGGCUAUUUUUUUGGGGUGGGGGUGGGAGGGUGUAAUGCAUUUAUUUAUUUAGCAGGAUCCAGUGCCAGACUUUCAAAGGAAUCUUCUCUCUAAUGGACUUUUCUUUCCUUGUAUAAUCUGUAUCAGUUUGCAUGUCUUCGCCUUUGUUUGAUUGAUCUUUGAAUGCUCCUAGAUGUUUGCUUGGUUCUUGUUCCCCUUUGCUUAAAAUGCGAAAUAGCCUGGUUCUUUCAUUUCUAUCCACACACUCCUUUGUCUUUCAAGUUCAAAUGAAUUGUCAGAUGAACGUUUAAUGGCACUCUUCGAUAAGUGUUUGUCGAUGGUCAGAGAAACUGUAAAAGGGCUGAACUAUCAGUGUGAAUCUCCCCUCAACUAUUUUGCACUAUUUCUGAAUGUUGAUGUGUCGGUUUUGUAAAAAUAAUUUAGAACAUGCUGGAAUACGCACUAAAACGUUUACACAAACCACGACACUGAACGUAUCUCAAAGGCUUCAGGGAUUUCUAGUAUGUUGAAAAAUUACACAAUUAGAAUAUUUGAUCAUUGCCGAUCAUUCCAAAUCAUUUAGAAAAAAACAAGGUGGCUUUUGAAUAUGCACAUUAUUAUUUAAAAAAUGUUUUGGAGCAUUUACUCUUAACCAUGCCCCUGCUGACUGUUUCUAUUGGCAUCAUCCAAACUCCCAACAUCCCGAAGUUCCUAAGAAAACAUCUUUUUCUAAAAAAAAAAAAACUGAAAAAAAAAAAAAAAAAAAACAAAGAGAAAAAAAAACGUAACGUAAGGCGAAUGCACACUUCACUUUGUACAAAUUACAGAGUAAUUGCAGCUUCGGCAGAUCUUGUAUUUAAAGUGCCAAACUAAAGCCACCAUCCAGAAAACGUACACAUACUUUUCAAAGGUUAUAUUUUGGUUUUAUUAGAUCACUGAUCUGAGAUGUCACUUUUUGAAUAAGUUUGCUGUAAAGGUAUAGAUUUGGUGUGUGCCUACAUUUACUGACGUGUUUGAAAAGAGCUUGGAUAUAUUUUGUUCCUGCUGAAUUAGGUCAUUACUUUUUUGACUCACAAGUUCAAUCCUUGUUUUCAGGUGCUCUUUUAUAUCAUGUUAAAGCUCGACCACACGCAAUUGCUGUUAUAAUGGAGUGACUUGCCUUUAAAUGGUCAGAUGUUCGGGCAGACGGAUUUUACCACUGUGCAUUUUAGGAGAAAGUGGAGAUCAGUCUCUGUUCUUCUUGUGGUUUACAUGAUGUUCACUAAGAUAAAUGUCUUUUUAUCCCAGAGCACUGAAAAUUACAAGCACACUUUCUGGAAAGAGAGGGGGUUAAGUAUCAAAAGGUUUGGUGAGGGAUGUCACUAUGCAUUUUAUUAGUUUUUACCCACAGGCUUUGAAGGUCCAACGUAUCCACGAACCUGGAAGCAAACCAAAGCAGCGCUGCACGAAACAUCUGUCACUUCUUUUUAUGAAAGAUGGUACAAGACCACAUCCAAAUGUAUAUCAACCAAUCAGUCUUUAACAGAUAUACAGCUGUGCAGAUGUAUUUGUUUCAUCUGUGCCUCAUUUGCACGAAGAAGCUCUUUUGUCAGUGAGUAUGUCUGUGUGCGCGCAUCAGUCCGGUCCAGUAAACUGCACUUAACCAUGUUGAUGCAUGUUCUCAAACACGGACAGGGGAGAGAUGGGAGCUGUUUUAGACUCUGUUCCCUUUUAGAUAUUCCUGUUCACUUCUCCGUUUGAGCUAUUUAUGCCUAUACUGUACAGAAAGAGGUGGCGAAACAAAAUAAAAAUGAUAAAAUUUUGCAUCUUCUGUAAUGUUCAAAACUGUAGUCUUCAAAUUUUAUGGCACUCCUGCAUGAAAGCAAUAAAAAAAGUUUUAAAACGA